AUGGAGGAUUCCGCAGCGUGGCCGGAGCCGGUGGUGCGGGUGCAGUCUCUUUCGGAGAGCGGCGUGGCCACCAUCCCGGACCGCUACGUCAAGCCGGAGCACGACCGGCCUUCGCCGUCCGACUGCUCCUCGUCCGCAGCCUCGGCGUCGUCCAUCAACGGCGUGAUACCGGUGGUGGACCUGUCGUCGCCCGACGCGCGGCGUGCGGUGUCGGAGGCGUGCCGCGCGUGGGGCUUCUUCCAGGCGGUGAACCACGGCGUGCCGCUCGACCUCCUCCGGCGCGCGCGCGCCGCGUGGCGCGGGUUCUUCGGGCUCCCGCUGGAGCUGAAGCAGCGGCACGCGAACUCGCCGGCGACGUACGAGGGGUACGGCAGCCGGCUGGGCGUGGAGCGCGGCGCCGUGCUGGACUGGGGCGACUACUACUUCCUCCACCUCCGCCCGCCCAGCGUGCUCUCCGCCGCCGACAAGUGGCCCGUCCUCCCUCCCGACCUCCGGGAUGCGACGGAGGAGUACGGGAGGGAGGUGGCGUUGCUGUGCGGGCGGCUGCUGGCGGCGAUGUCGUCCGGGCUGGGCGUCGGUGAAGGACGUCUGCAGGAGGAGUUCGGCGGCGAGGAAGGCGCCGGGGUGUGCGUGCGGGUGAACUACUACCCGCGUUGCCCGCAGCCGGAGCUGACGCUGGGUCUGUCGUCGCACUCGGACCCCGGCGGCAUGACGGUGCUCCUCGCCGACGAGCGCGUGCGGGGCCUCCAGGUGCGCGGGCACGGCGGCGAGUGGGUGACCGUCGACCCCGUCGCCGACGCGUUCAUCGUCAACGUCGGGGAUCAGAUCCAGGUGCAGCCCAAAGAUGAGCUCUAG